AUGAUGCUGCUGCAGCGUGCAUGUCGCCCCAACGCCGGGGCCGCCCUCCGCAUCCCCGCGCGAACCGCCGGCCGCCCCUCGACCCCACGCUGGUCGCGUCCCUACACGAGCGGCGGCGGCGGCGGCGGCGUAGACGGCUCCUCUCUCCGCGCACCCCAGCUCAUUGGCGUGUUCCUCCUCUCCGGCGCCGGCGGAUGGGCCAUCUCAUCCCUGCUCCGCGACGGGAAGAAGGGCAAAUCCAGCGCCGUCAUUCCCAGUCUCGGCCCCGGGCCCGUCGACCUCGAGGCGCUGGCCAAGUCGCCGGUUGACGAGGGCAGCUUCGCCAAGGCCGAUGCGAAGCUUCGCGAGGACGUAUUUGUGGGUUCGUUCAGUGCCGGACCCGGCAAAGAUGCCCACGUCCACGCAGCGAGGGUGGCCAGCAACCAUCCGGUCGAGGACUACAUGGCGUGUUCUCUCGCCCCGGGGGUGGGGAGCUCCCAGGCCCUCUUCAACGGCGUCUACGACGGCCACGCUGGGUGGGCAACCUCGCUGCUGCUCAAGAGCGCCCUCAUCCCCGCCGUGUCGUCCUCCAUCGCCCAGCUGCAGCCCGGAGCCGACGACGUCGCGGUCGAGGCCGCCGUCGCAAAGGCCUUCACCGACCUCGACGACCUCAUCAUGGCCAACGCCGCCAAGGCCGUCGACGGCCUCAAAGCAGGCGUCGUCGAGCCCGCCGACUCGAGGGUGAUGGCCGCCAUCGCCCCCGCCAUCGCCGGCUCCUGCGCCCUGCUCUCCAUCUUCGACCCGGCCACCUCGACCAUCCGCGUCGCCUGCACCGGCGACUCGCGCGCCGUCCUGGGCUCCGCCGCGCCCGGCUCUUCGUCCCACUCCGCUCUCGAGCUCUCCAAGGACCAGACCGGCCGCAACCAGGACGAGUUCGACCGCAUCACCAAGGAGCACCCGGGCGAGGACGGCAUCCUCGACAAGAAGAGCGGCCGCCUGCUCGGCAUCGCCGUGACCCGCGCCUUUGGCGACCACCGAUGGAAGUGGUCCGAGGACCUCAUCAAGCACACCCACCUGAACUUCUUCGGCACCGCCCCGCGUCCCAAGUACGCGACCCCGCCGUACAUGACGGCCGCGCCCGUCGUGACCACGACCAAGAUCCAAGGCCCGGACUUUGUCAUCCUUGCGUCGGACGGCCUGUGGGACCACAUCUCGUCCGAGCACGCCGUCGAGUGCGUCUCGCAGUGGCUCUCGGCCAAGAAGGCCGGAGAGAAGACGCCCGCCGACAAGCUGGCGCGCACGCCCGCCACCCCCAGCGCCUUCGAAACGUCCGACGGCUGGCCCAACUGGUCCGCCACGCCCGAGCACUUCGUGGUGGAGGACCUCGACAACGCCGCCGUGCAUUUGAUCAAGAACGCCCUCGGCGGCAAGCGCAGGACCCUCUUCAUCGGCGCCGCGCUCGCGUAUGCCCCCUUGUCCAGGAACGUCAGGGACGACGUGACGGUCCAGGUCAUCUUUUUCCAGGACCCGAGCAAGGCGAACUGA